AUGUCAAGGGUGGGUCCAGAGACUUCGAAACGAUUGCAGAAAGAUCCAUCAUGCAUCAGAAACAUAUGUAUUUUAGCACACGUCGAUCACGGUAAGACUUCGCUAUCGGAUUCGUUGCUAGCAUCCAAUGGUAUUAUCUCUCAAAAACUUGCCGGGAAAGUAAGAUUUCUGGACUCAAGGCCAGACGAACAGCUUCGAGGCAUCACCAUGGAAUCCAGUGCUAUCUCGUUGUACUUUCGAAUCUUGCGCAAACAGGAGGGUCAAGAGGACCCUUUGGUCAACGAGCAUCUCAUUAAUUUGAUCGAUUCUCCUGGUCACAUCGAUUUUUCCAGCGAAGUCAGCACAGCUUCAAGGCUUUGCGAUGGGGCCGUUGUACUUGUAGACGUGGUUGAAGGUGUGUGCUCGCAAACUGUUACAGUUCUCAGACAAUGCUGGGUGGAGAAGCUUAAGCCGGUCCUGGUGCUAAAUAAGAUGGACCGUUUGAUCAUGGAGCUUCAAUUGACCCCCCAGGAGGCAUUUUUGCAUUUGAACAAAAUAAUUGAGCAAGUCAACUCCAUUAUUGGGUCUUUUUACAAUGGACAGCGAAUAUUGGACGAUCUGUCAUGGAGGGAACAACUAGAAAACAACAAUACGGCCGAGUUUGUCGAGAAGGACGACUCGGACAUUUACUUCAGGCCGGAAAACAACAAUGUCAUUUUUGCAUCAGCUAUAGAUGGGUGGGGGUUCAACAUCGGUCAGUUGGCCAAAUUCUACGAGCAGAAACUCGGUGCCAAGAGAGAGAAUCUACAAAAAGUGCUAUGGGGUGAAUACUACAUGGACCCAAAGACGAAAAAGUUCAUCAACAGCAAGGGUUUGAAAGGAAGAACUUUGAAGCCCUUGUUUGUGACCUUGAUUCUCGAUAACAUAUGGAAGAUUUACAACAACGUCUUGAUCGACAGAGACUCUGAGGUUUUAGAGAAAAUCACCACAGCUCUUAACAUCAAAGUUCCCCCAAGAGAUUUGCGGUCAAAGGACCUUAAGAAUCUGCUGCGAACCGUUAUGGGACAAUGGCUGCCUGUCAGUGUCUCUGUCCUGCUAACGGUGAUCGAAAAACUCCCGUCACCACUAGAAGCCCAAGGAGACAAAAUGGAAAGAAUCAUUGGUACUGCACCAGGUCAUGAAAUGAUCGACACUAAUCUUUACACUGCAAUGGAAAGCUGCGACAAAGAUGGCUCCGUCUGUGCAUUUGUUUCAAAGAUGAUAUCUGUUCCUAAAGAAGAACUGCCAUUGACUAAUGGAACACCGUUUUCACCGGAUGCAUUGAUGCAAAGAAGUCGAGAAGCUCGCGAAAAAGCUCUGAAAGCCGCGAAAGCCGCGGAGCUGGCUGAAAACUUGUCUCGCUCAAAGGACCCUGAAGGCGAGCAAUCGAACAUGUAUGCCAGAGCUCAAGAAACAACGGCGACGCCAAAUUUGGAUGAGCAAGCAAGUCAUGAGACUUCUAGGCCCUCUGUAAACGACGAGUUUCAAAUUGUGACACAGCCCGCUCCGGAGUUGGACCUGGCAUUAGAUCUUGGCAUAGAGUAUGAGAAUGAGUUCGAAGGACAGUCAGAUGAAGACAACGAAUUUCAACCAGAAUUUAUACCAGCUGGGAUUGAAGCCAACGAUCCCUUGAAUUCAUUGUUUGAAUACGAGGAGGAAGACCCUUUUGAGACGGACGCUUCAGAAAGAGAAGCCGAGGAUGAUGACGAUGUUUUCGAGGAAAGUGACGAAGUUAUGAUCGGAAUUGCCAGGCUCUACAGUGGUACUUUGAGAGUAGGACAAAAAAUUGCUGUCUUAGGCCCCAAGUAUGACCCCCACAAUCCUACGGAACACAUCGAAGAGGUUGAAGUAACCGAUUUGUUCAUCUUCAUGGGUAAGGAUUUGGUGCCUUUGACGGAAUGCCCUCCUGGGAACAUUGUAGGAAUUGGUGGACUGGCAGGAAAGAUUUUGAAAAAUGGUACCAUUGUUGAACCCAGUGUUGAGGGUGCAAACUUGGCAGGUGUAAAUCUUCACGUCACACCGAUUGUACGCGUUGCUUUGGAGCCAACGAAUCCAACACAAAUGAACAAACUCGCGCGAGGCCUAAGAUUGCUAAACCAGGCAGAUCCAUGUGUUCAAACUUAUGUUGAGGACACCGGAGAACAUAUUUUGUGCGCUGCCGGUGAAUUACACUUAGAAAGAUGUCUCAAGGAUUUAACAGAAAGGUUUGCUGGCAUUAGUAUCACGUCAUCGGAACCAGCGAUUCCAUACAAGGAAUCUUUCUUAUCCACUACCGACAUGAAUCCGCCCAAAGACGCAGAACUUGGAAGAGGAACAGUUCAAACGUACUUGGAUCAGUAUGCUUUAAAGAUCAGAACCAUUCCAUUGCCGAACGAAAUAACAGAGUUCCUGUUAGCAAACGAAAAAGAGAUCAAGGCUAUUUCUGAACGCAAGGAGCAAUCGAAAAAGACUGAGGAAUUCAGAGCCUCGCUGGACAAAUUGUUUUCCGAAGCAGCUAUAAAGGAUAAGGUUUGGUCCCGUUGUAGUCUCGAUGUCUCUGCUUUUGGUGGCAGAAGAGUAGGACCAAAUGUACUUAUCUCGAACUGCGUAGGUCUCAACAACUCUCGCAAGGGCCCCAAUGGCACGAUUUUUGAAUAUGGAAGUUCUAUCAUUAAUGGGUUUGAGCUUGCGGUCAAUCAGGGUCCACUUUGUCAAGAGCCUGUUCAAGGUAUGUGCGUUUUUAUCGAGGACGUGCAUGAAAUGAGCAAUGACGAGAUAGAAAGCCUAGCGCUGCAAAAUCAUCAGGUAGGACUGCCCAAUCUUGCUGGACGCUUGAUCACCACAACUAGAGACUCCAUUCACGCUGCGUUCUUGGACUGGUCUCCGCGUAUCAUGUGGGCCAUGUACCAGUGCGACAUCCAGGCCUCGGUGGAGGUUUUGGGUAAAGUUUACGCCGUCGUGCAACAGAGACGCGGUCGUAUUGUGUCUGAAGAGAUGAAGGAUGGUAUUCCAUUGUUUCAAAUCGAGGCAAAGAUCCCGGUUGUUGAAGCUUUCGGGUUCAGUGAGGACAUUCGUAAGAAAACUUCCGGCGCAGCACAACCACAAUUGGUUUUUGCCGGUUUUGAGGCAAUUGAUUUGGAUCCAUUCUGGGUUCCCACGACCGAGGAAGAGCUGGAAGAUCUAGGUGACACUGCUGAUAAAGAGAAUCUCGCUGGAAAGCAUAUGAACAUGAUCCGCAGAAGAAAGGGGCUAUUCGUUAAUGAAAAACUGGUGCAAAAUGCUGAAAAGCAGAGAACUCUAAAACGAAACUAA